UCAAUCUCACGGCUUACACCUGAAAGCUAAAAGCUUUUCUCGCUCAAACCCUAGUUUACAUUGGCACAGUACUAUCGAUGACUCUGACAGCCGGUAGGUCUAUACCCGACGCCGGUGGUAGCGGUGGAAAUGAUGGUGCGACUCGAGGAUACUCAAACGUACCAAUUACUUCAUUCCCCGGGUUUCCAAACGCAAAGCUACCACAACACGCGGAUCUGGUGACGUUUAGUCUCAAUGAACGACUACAACCACUAUUAGUUAAUAGUGACGCGUUGGAAUGCAAUAACAAUCUUUCUUGCUUCUUGAAAGAUGCUGUGGAUGGUCUCUAUGGAAUUCUGGACGAUCCAUCCACUCCAAAUGUCCCCCAGAAAAACUACCAAAUGAUCUCUUCAUUUGCAUUGAAGUUGAUAAAGCUGAACCUUUUCACAAGAAAUCAUAGACUUUGUCUAGGGAAAAUCCUUGGGUUAUUAGCUGUGCUUACUGAAAAUGAUAUACAACCUUCAUAUUCAUCGGGUUGUCUCAAGGAAUUCUUGUGCAUUGUCAUGUUACUUGUUGUGAAAACUGCCAGCUCUGAGAAUUCACCUUGUAAUCAAGAACAAUUAAUUGAAGUGUUGAGAGAACUCAACUUUGCAAAGAUCAUUUUUGAGUUUUUGAGCGUACAUAUCAAGAAUUUCAACGCUGCCACAGCUCCUUACAUUAUAUUAAAAUUUGGUUGUGAUAUUGUAUUCGAAUAUCUAUAUCGGGUAGAAAUCUUAUCUGAUAAUGAAUUUAAAUCCUUAGCUAUGGAAACAUCAUUAAUCUCAACAUUAAUCAGUGAUCUACUCAAGAAUGAUAAUUUCAAUAACUAUGACUUAGAUGAUGAUGAAGAUUGGGAUGAUGAAAAUAAAGUGAUUGCAUACGAGGAGUUCAAACUUGUGCUCCUUAUUAAUGAACAAUAUUUGAUGAAGUCAUACACAAUGCCAGGACUUGAGAAUCGAGUCUUUUUGGGGCUUAUGAAUGUCUCGGAUACUUCUGGACAGCCUAACCAGACAAGCCAAGUCUCGGGCUUUAUUAACAUGGUGAUUUGCUACCUUAAUCGAGAAGAAUCUCAAAUUAUUAAAAUCCUUAUCUUGAAAUUUCUCUACUUAAUCUUUACCACUUCUUACACUACAAAGUUGUUUUAUCUUAAUGAUCUUAAAAUUUUGGUGGAUAUCUUCAUCCGUGAAUUGAAUAACUUGGAUUGUUCGGAAGAUAAUGGUGUGGCUAAUGAGAAUAGAAUUCUUACUAUAACAUAUCUCCGGGUCAUGUAUCCUCUUCUUAUGUUUUCUCAAUUGAGUGAAUUGGAAUCGGGGUAUAAGAAUAAUGAGAUUGUGAAUCUCUUGGGACAUUUAAUUGUAAACUCAGAGCCUCGAUCGUCAGACGGAGAAUCGUCAAUGCAAAAAUCUAUUCAAGAACAAGAAGAAGUAAUUACCAAUCUUGCCAUAAAAUGUUUAAAGCUACCAUCACUCAAGAAAACUAGAAGGACUUCGUCAUCAACUAGUCCAACUAUGAAACACGUCCGUUCCGCAACCGUUCCAGCACCAGUGCCUGGAUCGGUUCCCGAGCCUUCGGCCAAGCGGCCAUCUCCUUCUUCUUUAACAUCGUCACCCGCUUCACUGACUUCAUCUUUGACCACUUCCCUGAGUUUUAGGAAGACGAGACCUGAUUUAUAUCAAAGAGGUGAAAAUAUUUCGCAAGAAUCUAUUGGAGCGGCAUUUACUAGGGUGGCUUCUGUGAGGGCGUCCACCCGAAAGGAUUUUCAUAGAAAUACUACUACGCAUAACUUGGAAGGUCUGAAAGUAACAAAAAGAAAUGCAUUUAUGGACAACAACAAUAACAUUUUUCAAUCAGAGACAGGAUUAAGUUCACUAUCUCUUGAUGAUGAUCAAAAUAUUCUUAAUUUGCCAAAGGAAUACCUUGGAGAUAUAAAAUCACAAAGCAACAUAUCCAAACCAACUCCAUCACCAUCCCCUUCUCCAUCACCAUCUAUUGGAUCUCGUUUAAUUCGAAAGGCAUUAAUCAAAAAGGCUCCACCACCUCCUCCACAUGCACAUUCACCUAUUCAUCAUCGCAAUUUACUUCAACAUGAGGAAUCUAAAGAUUCUCCAACUCCUCCUCCACCUCCUCCCCCUAGACGCAGGCGUUAAAAACUAAAUACAAUCAGACGUUAUCUAUAGCGCAUUGUUCUUGAUAGUAGGCAUAUAAAAUAAUAGUUAUACAUAUAUAUCUAUAUACAUUAGUAGCACAUUCAAGGGUAU